AUGACUCCAACAUCAGUAGCUGACCCACUGCUGUCUAUGAAAAUACACCAGGUCCUGCAACUGCUAGUCCAAGCACCCAGCCAGGGCAGCAAGGUGAUGAUACAGCUAGGAAAGGCUGGGAGUUUCUAUGACCUGCCCACCAUUUCCCUCUUCAAGGAGGAAGGGGAUGAUGAGGACACAGAGGAAACUGAAAGCAGCAACCCACCCCACCCUGGCAGAGGAUUCAUGUAUGAAACAACAGAUGAAGAAGAACUGGAGCAGGAGAUAAAGAAGGUGAGGACACAGGAGUAUCAGGAGCACUAG